CGGAAGGGCAGGACGGCGGGAGAGCCGCGGCGAGGAGGGCCGCCCAGGCAGGCGCCAGGCUCCGGCUGCGCUGCAGGACGUAGCGGCCACCGCCUUUCCCCCUCGGCUUCCCGGGCCAGCCGGGCGAUUUGGCCUCUCGACGGGCUCGCCCUGCGCGGAAGGUGUGGAUGAUCUGCUGGCUACCAUUGCUGCAUCCUGAAGUGAUGGCAUUGCGGAGCGUUGGGGCACUACUUCCUCUCUGUACUGCUAGCCUUGGGAUUGUGCUCUUGGUUUACGCUCUCCCUGUUGAAGGACUCGCUCAGAAGCACGGCCCUGAUAUCAUCGAUGACGACAGCAAAGACAACAUCACCAUCUUUACGCGCAUCCUGGACCGGCUGCUGGAUGGAUACGACAACAGGCUGAGACCUGGGCUUGGAGAUACAGUAACUGAAGUCAAGACAAACAUUUACGUGACAAGUUUCGGCCCUGUCUCAGAUACGGACAUGGAGUACACCAUCGAUGUGUUUUUCCGGCAGUCCUGGAGAGACGAGAGGCUGAAGUUUGAUGGUCCAAUGAAGGUCCUCCCCCUGAACAACUUGUUGGCCAGUAAGAUCUGGACCCCAGACACCUUCUUCCAUAAUGGCAAGAAGUCGGUAGCCCACAACAUGACCACACCCAACAAGUUGCUCCGGCUGGUAGACAAUGGGACACUCCUCUAUACCAUGAGAUUGACUAUUCAUGCCGAAUGCCCGAUGCAUCUGGAAGACUUCCCAAUGGACGUCCAUGCCUGUCCAUUGAAGUUCGGGAGCUAUGCCUACACCAAGACAGAGGUGAUCUACACCUGGACCCUGGGGAAAGUGGAGGUGGCCGAAGGAGGGUCUCGCCUCAACCAGUAUGACCUCCUGGGCCAUAAUGUUGGGAGAGACUCUAUUGAGUCUAGCACAGGGACGUACAUUGUAAUGACCACUUACUUUCACCUCAAGCGCAAGAUUGGGUACUUUGUGAUCCAGACUUACUUGCCUUGUAUCAUGACGGUCAUCCUAUCCCAAGUUUCCUUCUGGCUCAACCGGGAGAGCGUCCCGGCACGAACAGUGUUUGGGGUCACCACCGUCCUUACCAUGACCACUCUGAGCAUCAGCGCAAGAAACUCGCUGCCCAAAGUGGCAUAUGCGACGGCCAUGGACUGGUUCAUAGCCGUCUGUUAUGCCUUUGUGUUUUCUGCGCUGAUUGAGUUUGCUGCAGUGAACUACUUCACCAAACGCAGCUGGGCCUGGGAUGGGAAGAAAGUCCUGGAGGCCCAAGAAAUGAAGAAAAAAGAGCCCAUCACAUUGGCUAAGAAGACCAACAACACCUACAACAUUGUGGGAACAACCUACGCCCUCAACAUCACUCCCAAGGAGCCUGGCCUGCCUACCAUCGCCAAAAGUGCAGCCGCCACCACAGCCAUGCCCGCCACUGUGGUUGUCCCCCCAAAGAUGCCCCGAUUGGAAGAGAAGCCCCCUCCUGAGAACAAGAAGACCUACAACAGUGUCAGCAAGGUAGACAAAAUGUCCCGCAUCGUCUUUCCCGUCCUGUUCGCCAUUUUCAAUAUGGUGUACUGGGCCACGUAUGUCAACCGGGAGUCGGCCAUCAAGGGCAUGAUCCCCAAGGAAUGAGACCAGUCAGGCAACCCUUCCAUCAGUCCAUAUGACCCAACCCCACCCGAGGCAGAGGAGUCCUUGUGGGGCUCCUGACUUACCUUGCUGGUUCUAUAUUUGUUUUAUCGUUUACUCUGGUUCAUUUGAAUUCAGCUGACUGCCUUCCUUUCUCAUGCGAAGCAAACUGUGACUUUUUUAAGGAGAACCC